AUGGACUGUACAAAAUCUAUGAAAGCGAAAACUAUUGCAGAACUUUUGCCUGGUCUUAGACCCGGAAUACUUUCAAAAGAUGCUAUGCAAACUAUACAAACGACUGCAAAAAAACAGCCCCGACCAACAAUGGCCCAAACUAGAACUACAGAGAAAGUACUAAAGCCACUAACGAUAGCAGAAAUGAGAGCUGAAAUUCAAGCUUUGAAAAUGCAGUCACCACAUAAGUUUGCACAAAAUUUACCAUCAAAUAAAAAGAAAACUUGGAACUCUUCUGUGAAAAUCGACAAAAAAAUAAGCCAUACUGCCAAUGGUAAUUUGAAAAAUAAUCCUGUAAGAAAAGUGCUGAAUUUUCAACCCAAAGCAAAAGUUCCUGUAAACUCUAGAGUUACAAUAAAUCCACCUAAUCCUGAGACUCCCAAGUUUCCUAAACCAGAGUUACGAGCCAAAAAAUCCCUACUUCAAGCACGUAAUGUUGUAAGGAUCAGUGGAGUAUGCAACAUACCUGAAACACCAAAUGUUGUAAAGAACCCUAAACAAAACAGAAUGACAAUCGCCAAUAAAGAGAAUAUAUCCAACCAUGCAAAUUUGGGUAGAAAAUCAUUUGUGCCCCCAAAAAUCAUCAAGCACCAACUUAUUAUACCUUCUGUGCCAGAUACUCCUUUAUCAAAUGAGUCCUGGAAGUCAAGCUGUGAUGCAAGUUUUCUACAAAACGAAAAAGAAAUUCACGAUAUAGAAGAGAAAGUUAAGGCCAUAACAGAAGAACAAACAUUGGAAAACAUCGCUGAGGUUACACCACCGGUUUCAACACCUUUCAAGGAGUACAGAAAUGUUCAAGAAUAUUUUAACAACUCCAGUGAACUUGAAAGUUCAGCUUUAUAUAAUGAUAACACUAUUAUGUGUUUUGAUAAACCAUUGUCAGACAAAGGCACUAAUGGAAGAGAUGAAAGUGUCAUUGUAUCGUUAUGUGAUUUACUCAAUAAAGUUAAAGUCAGAAAUUCAGAGAAAAGUAACACAGAACUAGAAGAUUUAUUAGAAGUGGAAAAGCAAACAGAACAAGCCAUCAAAAUGAUUGACAAUGGUUUUCAGAUAUUAAGUAAUAUAAAAAAAUCACAAUUGAAAUCUUUGCAGUAUGUGAGAAAAUUAAUUGCUGAUAAGAAAAAUGUUCAACAGCUUCUUGGCAAUGAGCAUGAUGAAACAUUAGUGAACAAAGAUAAUGUGACUCCUAAAGUGGUAAAGGAAGAAAGAAAAAGUCCUGAAAAGAGUCCGAUACUAGGGAAACCGUGUUCUGUUAUUAAAUCCCCUUUAAAAUCUCCAUCAUACAAAAUACCUAAAAAGAACCUAUGUUUAAGAAAAAAAGUAUUUCACAAAUCCAUGCCAAAUAUACAAACUCCUAAUAAAGACAAUGAGAGCCGAGCUUUAAACAUGUACAUGAAAAUGAAAGAACAAAUGAAUUUUUUGAACACUCCUCUUGUAAAACAUACUAACAUCGGGUUGCCAGAUACACCUGCAGUCACAUCUCAUAAUUUACAAAGGCAAUUAGAUAAAUUAUAUGGUGAAAUUGGCCUUCUACCUUUAUGUUGUACAUUGCAUAAACGUUAUAGUAUUGCUUUAAACAAAUUAGUUAAAAUGGCUUUGUCUAAACCUAUCAUGUCGUUACUAACAUCUUAUUUGCAAAAUUUGUAUUUGUAUCCUGUUCGGACCAAAUCCCUUACAAGCUGCGCACUCGGCACAACGGCAAGCAUCGCUUCUCAAUUAAUGGCUGGAGAUUCAUUCAGGCUUGAUCCAGUACUAGCAUUUGGUUUCUAUGGAUUACUGUUCGGCGGAUCCAUACCGCACUAUUUCUACGACUUUUUAGAACGGUUAUUCCCAGAGGAGGUAGUAGCAUUCCCGUUGGCAAAGAAAUUGAUAUUCGAGAGAUUAGUGUUUGCUCCUUUCAUGCAAGCUUUCUCUCUUUAUACAUUGGCCAGGUUUGAAGGUAAAAACCACGCAGCCGCAACGAAGCAACUCUCCGCUCUCUUCGUACCUGUACUCAAGGCGAAUUGGCAGUGGUUAACGCUAUUCCAAAUAAUAAAUUUAGCGUUUGUUCCGCCAAUGUUGCGAGUUCUCUUCAUGAACUUCGUCGGUUUAGGCUGGGCGAUAUUCUUAGCCAAUAAAAGACGUCAAAAUCAAAAGAAGCAAUAA